AGCCGCCGCGGCGCGGACCCGGCAGGGGCGGGGUACGGUCAUCGGAGACGCGCCGAGCCCCGGCGUCUCGGCUGCCGAGUGUCGCCCCGGGGAUGGGGCAGCCCGCGGGGGCCGCGGGCGGGCGGGCGGCGUGAGCGGCCGGGAGGCAGGAUGCGCUCCGAGGGCGCAGCCCCCGCGCCGGUGGCGCCGCUGUGCCGGGCGCUGAGCCUGGUGCUGGGCGCGCUGCUGGGCAGAGUGAUAGAGGGCGGUGGAGUCGGAGACGACGUGCAGACAGUGUCCUCGCUGCCGCCCUUCCUGCCCGUGCGGUACCAGGUCCUGCGGGCAGAGACCUCCUUCUUCCUGAAGGAGACCCACCAGGACCCCGCACGCAACGCCAGCCUGCAGUCCCGCAUCGAGUCCUUCUUCACCUACAAGGCCACGCAGCCCCCCAUUGUGAACGCCAGCUACGGGCCGUUCUCAGUGGCCAAGGCCGUGCCUCUGGACUUCAUGCUGACGUCAGACCUCUCAGGCCCGACCGCCAAGUUCAACGCUAACUGGAAGCUGAGAGCCUCCAUCAUGCAGGAGAAGAUCUACCUGAGCCGGCCCAAGGUACAGGUGCUCUUUUCCCUGGUGGGCCGGGACUGGGAUGCACAGGGGGCCACGGACGCCCUGCCCUGCCUGCGGGUGUUUGCCUUCCGAGAGACCAGGGAGGUGAGGGGCAGCUGCCGGCUGCGGGGGGACCUGGGCCUCUGCGUGGCAGAGCUGGAGCUCCUGCCCAGCUGGUUCAGCGCCCCCACGGUGGUCGCCGGCAGGAAGAAGGUGGCUGAGCAGCCCGAGGGCAGCUCCGUGGAGCUCUACUACGCCAUGCAGCCGGGGGACGAGCGGGCCGACUGCACGGCCGGGGACAUCCAGAAGGACAACGCCAUCCGCCCGGGGAAGGACGGCCUGGGGGACAGCACGGCCCGGCUGCAGCGGAUCGGGGCGGUCAGCCUCUCCCGGGCCCCGGACAGCGCCCAGCUCAGCGAGCUGCGGCUGGACGGCAACGUGGCUGUCUGGCUGCCGGCCAGGCCGGUGAAGCAGGGGGACGUGGUCACUGCCUACGUCACCGUCACCAGCAAUUCCACUGUGGACCUCUUCAUCUUGAGAGCCAAGGUAAAGAAGGGAGUGAACAUCCUGGGCGCACGGCCCAGCGAGCCCGGGCAGUGGGACAUCCGGCAGGAGACGGGCAGCGGCGGCGGCAAGCACGCGUCCACCACCGUGGUCUGCCAGCGCCGGGGGGUCUCACACGCCAGAAACAGCAGUUCAUUCAACGAGGUGGUGCAGAUGAACUUUGAGAUAGCCAGUUUCAGCAGCCUCUCGGGGUCACAGCCCAUCACCUGGCAGGUCGAGUACCCCCGGAAAGGGACCACGGACAUAGCUGUGUCCGAGAUCUUCGUCAGCCAGAAGGACCUGGUGGGCAUCGUGCCCUUGGCCAUGGACUCGGAAAUCCUGAACACCGCCAUACUCACGGGGAAGAUGGUGUCCGUGCCCGUCAGGGUGGUCUCUGUGGAGGAGGACAGCUCCGUGGCAGACAUCUCAGAAGCUGUGGAGUGCAAGUCCUCCGACGAAGACGUCAUCAAGGUGUCCAGCCGCUGCGACUGCGUCUUUGUCAACGGCAAGGAGAUGAAGGGCAAGCUGGACGCCGCGGUGGACUUCACCUACCAGUACCUGACCGCACCCCUGCGCCUCGCCGUGUGGGUGCCCCGGCUCCCGCUGCAGAUCGAGGUGUCCGACACGGAGCUGAGCCAGGUCAAAGGCUGGAGGGUUCCCAUCGUGGCCAGCAAGAGGCUGACUCGAGAGAGCGAGGAGGAGGAGGAGGAGGAGCGGCGGGGCCGGGGCUGUGCCCUACAGUACCAGCACGCCACAGUGCGCGUUCUGGCGCAGUUUGUGUCGGAGGGUGCGGGCACCUGGGGCCAGCUGAGCCACCUGCUCGGCCCCACCUGGCAGUUUGACGUCACCCACCUGGUCGCAGACUUCAUGAAGCUGGAGGAACCGCAUGUCGCCACGCUCCAGGAUGGCGGGGUCCUGGUCGGGAAGGAGGUCGGGAUGACGACCAUCCAGGUGUUGUCCCCACUGUCCGACUCCAUCCUGGCUGAGAAGACAGUGACCGUGUUAGAUGACAAGGUCUCGGUGACAGAGUUGGCCAUCCAGCUUGUAGCUGGGCUGUCCGUCACCCUCCACCCCAGCGCAGAGAACAGCAGGGCCAUCACAGCCGUGGCCACAGCCGAGGAGCUGCUGCGGACCCCCAAGCAGGAGGCCGUGGUCAGCACCUGGCUGCAGUUCAGCGAUGGCUCGGUGACGCCUCUGGACAUCUACGACACCAAGGACUUCUCCCUGGCUGCCACCUCCCUGGACGAGGCGGUGGUGUCAGUCCCUCCGGGCCGCUCCCUGAGGUGGCCCAUCGUGGUGGCUGAAGGCGAGGGGCAGGGCCCACUGGUCCGCGUGGACAUGACCAUCGCUGAGGCCUGCCAGAAGUCCAAGCGGAAAAGCGUCCUGGCCACAGGCGUCGGCAACAUCAGGGUCAAGUUUGGCCAGGAUGGUGCUGACUCCAGCCCUGGUGGUGCGGACAGCGAGGAGCAGCUCCGGAACCACGCCAGCGAGCGCCGGCCAAAGGGCCCAGAGCCUGAGCACACCGGCCAGGAGGGGACCGGCCACGGCAGGUCUCCAGUGGGGCAUGAGCAGGGGGCAUCAUGGCCCCUCGCCACCACGGCCCGGCCACUGCUGGGCAACCGGGCGGCCAAGGACAGCCGGCUGGCCAGGGGGCGGCUGCACAACAUCCCCAUCGACUUCACCGGCUUCCCGGCCCACGGGGGCCUGCCCGGUGCCGGCGGCCAGCUGGCAGACAGCGACCCGGUGCAGGCGGCCCGCGGUCUGAGCGACCUGGAGAUCGGCAUGUACGCGCUGCUUGGCGUCUUCUGCCUGGCCAUCCUGGUCUUCCUCAUCAACUGCACCACCUUCGCCCUCAAGUACAGGCACAAGCAGGCGCCCCUGGAGGGCCAGGCUUCUGUCACCCACUCCCAUGACUGGGUGUGGCUGGGCAAUGAGGCCGAGCUCCUGGAGAGCCUUGGGGACACGGCGCCGCCCCGGGACGAGCACACGACCAUCCUCGACCGCAGGCUGGUGGGGGACAAGGAGAGCAACCACCUGCUGCACAAUGGGGGCUCCCGGCGGCACCCAUCCAGCCAGCCGCCCCGGCCGCCGGACCCCAGGCUCACAGGCCUGCCCUCGCCCAACACCAGCAGGAAGCGGGUGCAGUUUGCCACCUUCACCGCCAUCCCCCUGGACGACAGCCGCCCCACUGUCCCCUCCAUCCUCAGCGAGGACAGCGCGUGGGGGCACCAAGACACCGUGGCAGGCAGUGCCAAAGAGCCCAGACCCUACCUGGACAGGUUUCCAGACCAAGCGUAGGGCCCACGAUGGAUUUGGGGGAAACAAGGCGGGCUUGGGGCAGCGGGUCAAGCAGGGAGGGGCCGGGCGCCACAGUUGACCACUCAGAUAUUCUGAAGCCAGGAAGGGACGCUUUUGUAUCAAGGGGUUUUUUAGCAGUUGACCAUGAUGGAUUUUGGGGGGUUUUUUUUUUUUUGAAGUCAGUGGAAAAAACUCCAGUGGGCAGACCGAGACAGUGAACUUGUCAAGGUAAAAGUAGGAAGGUUAUUUUAUGACUCAAAAUAUCAUACACACAAGCUACCAAAAAUCAUUUGUUAAAAAAUACAAAAAAGACAAAAAGACAAAUAAUAAUCUAAUUUAUAUUUCUAUAAAAUUAGGGCCUGCUGAGGGAUGUUUUCUAUUGUAAUUCAAUAUUCCCUUUUCUGAGGACAGCCUGUGACUGUCAGGUUGGGGCUGGGAAGGGACGUUCCUGAAUACUGGUUGCAUCUUAGGAUAGAUGUGAGAAUUCAGAACUCUUUAUAUUUUUUUCUCUUUUUCCACAUUGCCUUCUGGUGUCCUACACUUCCAUUUAUUUUGUAUUUCAUGUUUAUUUUUGAGUAUCAAGUGGAACAUUUUCCUGAAUUAAACAUAAAUUAUAUCCUUA